UUGAAGCUAAGUCAGAGAAAUUGGACAAAAAGAAAGAGAAGGAGCUAGAAAUGGAAGACCUAGAGGCUAAGUCAAGAGCUAGAGAUUAUGAAAACUUUAUUUUACCAACAGCAACAGAGUUGGAAGCAGAAGAUGAAGCAACUGAUUUAAGUGCAAUUUACGAACGGAUCAAAAACAAUGUGCAUGUACUGAACAAUUUCAAAGAGCUACGAAUGGAGGGCAGAUUCAGAAAGGAAUACAUGAGUUUGCUUAUGAGGGACCUGUCCAUGUACUACAGUUACAACGAUUUCCUUAUGGAACAAUUUGUCAACUUAUUUCCACUUUCAGAAUUGUUAGAGUUCCUUGAAGCUAAUGAAGUCCAGAGGCCUGUCACUAUCCGAACGAACACUCUGAAGACAAGACGGAGAGACCUUGCACAGGCAUUGAUCAACCGUGGAGUGAAGUUAGAUCCAGUUGGAAAGUGGUCAAAAGUUGGCCUGGUAGUGUAUGACUCAUCAGCGCCAAUUGGAGCAACACCUGAGUAUAUGGCUGGGCAUUAUAUUCUACAAGGAGCUUCAUCUCUUCUUCCUGUGAUGGCAUUAGCUCCGCAGGAGAAUGAACGUGUACUGGACGUGUGUGCUGCCUUGGGUGGCAAGACAACAUACAUUGCAAGUCUGAUGAAAAAUACUGGAAUAUUAGUUGCCAAGGAUAGAAACAAAGAACGAACAAAAUAUCUUGUGGCAAAUGUUCACAGAUUAGGUGUACUUAAUACAAUCUUAUGCUACUAUGAUGGACGAAAGUUUUCAACAGUAAUGUCUGGUUUUGAUCAAGUCUUAUUGGAUGCACUAUGUAGCGGAACUGGUGUUAUAUCAAAGGACAAAACGGGCAAGGUAGGUGGACUUACAGACGAUAAGGACAUCAUGAGGUGUGCUCACUUACAAAAACAGCUUAUACUCUCAGCCAUAGAUUGUAUUGAUGCAGGGUCAUCUACUGGUGGCUACAUUGUGUAUUCCACGUGUUCUAUAAUGAUAUUCUUUGUAGAUGAGAAUGAAGGAGUAAUAGACUAUGCCUUGUUUAAUAAGCGAAAUGUCAAAGUCGUGGCAACAGGUUUGGAUUUUGGAGCUGAAGGAUUUUGCAGGGUUUUUUGCGUGCUAUUUCGAGGAAAAUAUUUUCAUCCUUUGCUCAGACUGACAAGACGAUUUUAUCCACAGACACAUAACAUGGCGUUUUUUGUAGCCAAGCUGAAGAAGUUCUCAGACAAGAUUUCUGGUAUGUUUGCUGUUGUGGCUGUGUGA